AUGCAGAUCACGGAUAUCUUCGGCCCUCCUCCUCCAGAUGUCGAUCUUUCCGAAGACCAAUCCGGCACCGUUAUAGCUCCUAUUGCUGUCGUGCUGGUCCUGGCCAUUGUUGCCGUUGCUCUCCGCUUCACCACCAGGCAUGUGGUCGAAGCCCAGACCAUGGCGGCUGACGAUGUCUUCAUUAUAUUUGCUUUAUUCUUUGGCUUUGGAACAGCUGGCUGUGUUUUUACUGCGUUAUCGUUUGCAUGCGGUAAGCACGUUUGGGUCCUCAGUCUUGACCAGUUUGAGCAUAUACAACAGGUCGUGUAUGCCGCCGCCCAGAUCUACGCAGCGACCGUGACUUGCACAAAGACGUCCAUCGUCCUCUACUACAAGCGCAUCUUCUACUUUGAAACAACCUUUUACGUCCUCGAGGCUCUCAUCAUCGGCUACUUCAUCACCAUCAUCACCGUCAUGAACACCGGCCAUCCAGCUAACCAAGCCCCCCAAAAGUACGUGGAUCCAACCGCCAAAGGCAAAUGCGUCGACCUGCUCAAAUUCUACUACGCCAACGCCAUCGCCGCAACCCUGAUCGACAUCUUCAUCCUCAUCACGCCCAUCUACCCCGUCUGGCGCCUCCAAAUGCCGACGACCAAGAAAAUCGCCGUGCUCGCCAUCUUCCUCCUCGGCGGCGUCGUCAUCGGCGCCAGCAUCGCGCGCAUCUGCUCCCUCCUCAAAAUGGCGACCAUGACGGACCAGUCGUGGGGCCUCUGCUCGGGGCUGAUCUGGACGUGCAUCGAGCCGCUCGUCGGCAUCCUCAGCGCGUGCCUGCCGACGCUGGGCCCGCUGGUGCGGCACUGCGCGGGCAAAGUGUCGGGGCGGCUCGGAUGGGGUGGUGGCGGCGAAGAAGCAGAACAAGGGCCCCACGACGACGACGACGACGACGACGACGACGACGACGACGACGACGACGACGACGAGGAAUUCGUCACGGCGGCAUUAUUCUAG